AAUUAUUAUGCAAAAUACAUUGUACAAGAAAUUAAAUAUUUAAAUGUUAAUAUCGUGUAUGAAAUUUCUAAGUACCACAUAUUAUCAGUAAACUUUGCAAUGCACGGAGUAUAUCUAAGAAAAAUUAACUAUAUGUACACUGCGGUGCAAUGAUUCGAACGGUCAUAGUAGAUGGCUGACUUACCGACGCUACAGUCUAACAUAUACAAUGUAUGCUAGAUUGUGGUGUUGGUAAGUCAGCCAUCUACUAUGACCCUUCGAAUCGUUGCACCGCACUGUACAUAACAACUUGGUUGUUAAGAUUAAACUAAAUUAUAAUAUGAAAAAGCAAAGAAUUGCUCGUUCUCAGCUUUAUAUCAUUUAAUUUUAUUAUUAUUAAAGACAUUUAGUUCAGGGGAGCACAUUGCCAUCUCCAAGCGCGCGAAAUUCUAGUUCUGUAAUUCUUUUAACUCUUUUCCCAUUUAAAAAUUAUUAAAAUCUUUCCCCAAGAAUCUGCCAUUAAAAUAUCUAUUGUCAGUUUUGGAACAUUCUGUAUAUUAAAUAAUAUAUUUUGUGUGUGUGCAUAUAUGUGAUUUGAUAUCUAAAUAAAAGAAAAAAAGUUAUAUAAACAUAGUUCAGGGAAUAAAUGCUUUGAAUUUACAUUAUUAGAAUAAAUUGCAAAUUUUUUUAUGUAUUUUUUAAAUAUUUGUCUAGAUUUAAUACACAUAAUUUUUACCAACCUGGUGACGAUACAACAAAAAGCAUCACAUUGCAAAAUCAAAUAAAGCAUAUAUUUGUGAGUGAAUAGUAAGUAAAAGCUAGUAAAAGCAGACAAUUGCAUAUUGGUGAAAUUGUCGAUAAAGAAGUAUCUCAUAUAAAAUGAGGUUUUUAAAUAACAAAAUGUGUGCAAGCAAAGCACGCAUUGACAACAAAACUGUUGUGAUAACGGGAGCAAGCGAUGGCAUCGGAAAAGAAACUGCCAGAGAUUUAUAUGCAAGAGGUGGUAAAAUUAUUAUGGCCUGUAGAAAUAUGGAAAAGGCAAACCAAGCAAUGGAGGACAUAAAAAAUAAUCCGCCCUCAUAUAUAAAGGUUACAAAAGAGGAAUAUAUAAAGAAUGCCGGAGAGCUGGCAAUAUAUAUUCUAGAUUUAACCAGUAUAAAAAGCGUCAUAGAGUGCGCAAGAAACUUGUUGACAAACGAGUCAACUAUUGACAUACUGAUAAAUAAUGCUGGUGUGGCUACUCAAAAAUCAAAUGGAAAGACGGAGGAUGGAAUUCAAAUUACUUUUCAAGUAAAUUAUCUUGGGCACUUUAUACUCACACUUCUACUUUUAUCAAAAAUGAAGUCUUCAUCCAACUGCAGAAUAGUCAAUGUUUCUUCAAUUGCACAUAUUUUUGGUAGCAUGCAUUUUGAUGACAUCAAUUUAGAGAGAACUAAUUCGCCCUUGAUGAGUUAUGCAUUUAAAAGUUAUGCACAGAGUAAGUUAGCUAAUAUUCUGUUCACUAAGGAACUCACUCGUCGAUUGAAAGAGGCAGAUAUUCAUGAAAUAAAUGUAUAUUGUUUGCAUCCUGGUAUUAUACCAACAAUAAUGUUAGAGAAAUCCACUAAGGAUAUAUUUUUAAGCCCAAUAAUUAAUUUUUUUCUCAAGUUAUUUUAUAAAAAUGUUGAAGAGGGAGCACAAACAACAGUAUACUGUUCGGUAGCUGAAGAAACAGCCAAUGAGACUGGACUUUAUUAUUCAAAUUGCGAUGUUGCGACUACAUAUCGAGAAGCAAACAAUAAUCAACACGCUAAAAAAUUAUGGAACCUAUCUUGUCGUCUGCUAAAUUUGGAACCAGAUGAUAAUUUUAAUACAUUUCUGGAAACUGUUUCACGUCAAAUGCUUUUGUGCGCCCAGCAAACACCGAAUAUAAUAUAAAUAGGAGUAACAUGUAAAUAUAACAGAUGUCUUACUUUAAUUAUAUUAUAAUUAUAUAACCUUCCUUUAAAUAUACAAUAUAACUUGGCUAUAAAACUAUUAUAA